AUGUCGAGCCGCAAGCGGAGGAGAAUAGAGUACGCCAGGGUACAGGAGCUCUUUCGAACGUGUCCCAGUCGAGCAGCAGCCGAGGUGAUCGACGGCGUGCACAGGAGCGUUCGGCAUUCUCUCGAAGAUUUGGAAGCCUAUUGGCGACCAAUCCUAGAGAGGGUGUCGGAUGCCUCUGGGCCUACACCGUCUGCGCUGAACGCCUUAAGGCGGGAGGAGCAGUAUGGGGGCGCACGUGAUUACUCUCGGCUGUGGGUGCCUUUCACGACCAACGAAGUGAAGGCAUCCAAGUUCAACUGGCAAACGGCGCCUGGUCCGGACGGUAUCCGCCCGGAUGAGUGGCACCUAGUUCCUGCGGCCCGAAAAGCGGAAAUAUUCAACUCUUGGUUGACCACUGGCGUAAUACCAGAGCCCCUGCGGCAAUGCCGGACGAUCUUCGUGCCGAAGACGGACGUUCCUGCUGGGCCGGGCGACUAUCGACCGAUUUCUCUCAAGUAA